UGUCAAGCAUUGCAUUUACAAUGCCAAUUGGAUAGUCGGGUCGCCCCCAUAAAGGCGACAUGUCCUGUAGCGCCGAAAACAGAGGAAGUUGACGUUGUGUCGGGGUUGUUCGGGGCGCCGCAGAAACCGCCGCCGGCCGAUAACGUGGUCAGCUUUCAUCAUCGCAUAUUUCAGGAGAAAUUCGCAAAUUGCGAUGAGCCUUCUGCGGACAAAUUGCCACGGGAACCUGAUGGAACAGGAGCGAGAGCUCCGGUGCUGGAUCAGAAGACAGCCGACGAGCUCGUGGAGAGGUUCCGGGCUAAGAGCAGUUAUUUUCCGUUUGUGACUGUCCCGGAAGAUAUUGCGACGCCGCAGCAUCGCUUUCUGUAUCUUGCCAUUUUGACGGUGACUGCUACGGAUAACAUGGCUUUGAUGCGGAGUCUGGAUGCUCGGUUUCGGGCUGUAUUGGCGGAUAGGGUCGUUGUUGCGGGAGAGAAAAGCCUGGAUUAUCUCCAGGGGUUGCUAGUCUACAUUUCUUGGGAUAACAUGCAUCUUCGUCCUACGAACUUCCUGGUCUAUCAGUAUUUUCAUAUCGCCAUGGGCAUGGUGACAGAGCUUCGAUACAAUGAUGACUCGUUUCCACUGGCUGAUCAGACUCCAUCCACGAUAGUUGAUAUCAAGAGUGCAUGUCUUGGCUGCUACUAUUUGUCUUCACGGUAA